GAGCGCCGCGGUCCCUUUAAGAGCCAGGGUAAGGCCUGGCCCCCGGGGCUGCGGGGAGCAGGGAGUGCAAGGAGCGCGGCGGCUGCAGAGGAGGAGGGACGACUUCGGGACCUGGGCCAUAAAAGUUUUUCGUCCCCUCCUAACUCCAGGGCACGACCCACUCGGGGAUCGGCGCGGCUCCCGAGAAGAGGAGGGCCUGCUCAGGGCCCGGCACUGGGGCUGCCUGGCCGGGAGUUUCGGUUUCGCGGGGCGCCGGGAGGGGAACCCUGGCCGGGACAUGAGGAGGAGGAGCCGGCGGCGGAGGUGGCGCGGCGUCCCCGAGCAGCUCGGCCUGUGCUUCACCUGAGCGCCGGCCAGGGCAGAGCGAAGCCGGGCGCACUGGAGCGGAGCGCAACGCCGAGCUGAGGGGCAGUAGCACCACCGCGCUGUCCCGCGCACAGCCAGGCGUUCCCGAAGGCAGCGCGCGCACUCAUCCCCUUCCACUGUCCCGGGGCGCCAGGCUCCACGGCCCCACGUGCCUAAGCCCCCUGCGGGACGUGAAGAAAGCGGGGGAGCCGCGCGCCCCCAGGUGGGCGUGCCUCCCGGGACGAGGCGGACACACCUGUUCGCAGCGCCGCCCCUCUCCCGCUCCCGCUCCCACUCCCCUUGACCUGCAGGCUUAGCUGGGGGCCCCCAGGAGUCAGGGCAACCCGGCUCUCCUCCCACCCACGCCUGGCCCUCCCCGCCUUGCACUGUUGUUCUGGUUGCCGGGGUGUCCUGUGCUGGUGACCGCUUGACGAGGAUGAAAGUGACCGUCUGUUUCGGGAGGAUGGGAAUUGUGGUUCCCUGUAAGGAGGGGCAGCUUCGUGUCAGAGACCUCACCCAGCAGGCUCUCCAGCGCUACCUCAAAGCCAAGGAGAAGGAUCCUGGUGAUUGGGUGAAAAUUCAUCAUUUGGAGUACAUGGAUGGAGGAAUACUGGACCCAGAUGAUAUAUUGGCAGAUGUUGUUGAAGACAAAGAUAAGCUGAUUGCUGUCUUUGAUGAACAAGAAUCAAUUCAUAAGGUUGAGAGCCCUAGUGGAAACUUAACAGAGAGCCACAGCCCAGAUUCUUUUGAUGCAGAAGUUGCUACACAGCUGGCUGCCUUUAAACCCAUUGGUGGAGAAAUUGAAGUAACUACUUCUGCUCUGAAAUUAGGCACACCACUGUUAGUGAGGAGAAGCAGUGACCCAGCGCUGAGCCCACCUGCUGACUCCCAUCCAGGUGCUUCACACCCCAGUGACCAGAAUCUGAAACCUGUUGUACCAGGUUCACCACAGAGUUUGGAAGAUGGGGAAGUCAUGUUUAGUGGACAGCCAGAACUGCAGACAUCACAAAAUGCUAAGCACACAUCCAGUGAUAUGACAAGAACAGUGGAGAUUUCUGGGGAAGGUGGUCCUCUAGGAAUACAUGUAGUGCCCUUCUUUUCAUCGCUGAGUGGAAGGAUUCUAGGGCUCUUUAUUCGGGGUAUUGAGGAAAAUAGCAGGUCUAAACGGGAUGGACUAUUUCAUGAAAAUGAAUGCAUCAUAAAAAUCAACAAUGUGGAUCUCAUAGACAAAACCUUUGCUCAGGCUCAAGAUGUCUUCCGUCAGGCAAUGAAAUCCCAAAAUGUUCUCUUACAAGUGCUUCCACCAAACAACCGUGAACAGUAUGAAAAGUCAGUCAUUGCGCCUCUUGGAAUUUUUGGUAACAGUGAUGCUGCUUCUAGAACAAAAGCAUCCCCUCCAAUCCAAGGAAAACCAGCAUUAAAAACAAUCAGUCCGACAGGAGCAAGCAGUCCGGAGACAGACACACAAAUUUCUCUCCAGCAAAAGAGGAGCCCUCGAAUUCCCAGAGUAGGAAGAAAGCCAUCAUCACCAUCACUUUCUCCCUUAAUGGGUUUUGGAAGUAAGAAAAAUGCGAAGAAAAUUAAGAUUGACCUUAAAAAAGGUCCUGAAGGACUUGGCUUCACUGUGGUUACCAGGGAUUCCUCAAUACAUGGUCCUGGUCCUAUUUUUGUUAAAAAUAUUUUACCAAAAGGAGCAGCAGUAAAAGAUGGCCGCCUGCAAUCAGGGGACAGAAUUUUGGAGGUUAAUGGCAGAGACAUUACUGGUCGAACUCAGGAAGAACUUGUAGCCAUGCUGAGGAGCACUAAACAAGGAGAGACCGCUUCUCUUGUCAUUGCUCGUCAAGAAGAAAACUUUCUGCCCCGUGAACUGAAAGGAGAGCCUGACCACUGCUAUGUGCUGUCCCUUGAGACUCCAGAGCAGCUGACCUUUGAGAUCCCUCUCAAUGAUUCAGGGUCUGCCGGACUUGGAGUAAGCUUAAAAGGGAACAAAUCCCGAGAGACAGGAGCUGACUUGGGGAUUUUCAUCAAGUCUAUAAUCCAUGGAGGUGCUGCAUUUAAGGAUGGGCGCUUGCGAAUGAAUGACCAGCUAAUUGCAGUAAAUGGUGAAUCUCUCUUGGGCAAGUCUAACCAUGAAGCUAUGGAAACUCUUAGAAGAUCAAUGUCUAUGGAAGGGAACAUUCGUGGGAUGAUCCAGUUGGUGAUUUUGAGACGACUAGACAGGCAGACAGAGGAUCGCUCUGACUAUGGGCUCUUUCCCAAGCCCUCUCUUGAGAGCUGUCAACAUUUUGUCACCACUUCCAGGCAUCAUGAGCCCAACCCACAUCCAUUUCUCACAUAUGGCCCGCAGGAGAGGCAAAAAGAACUGCUACUUCCAGAUACUGACUGGGCUGAGAAUGACAUCCCACCACCUUUACCACCACAUCCCAGUCUGGAAUUGGAUCUUGAAGAUUAUAACCACAGCUCAGUAGUGGAUUCAGCAGUAUAUUGUACAGAUCAGCAAAUAAACUUCAGAUCCCUGACACCAGCCAAGCAGCCUGAAUCAAUUAAUCUGAAAGCCUCAAAGAGCAUGGAUCUUGUGCCAGAUGAAAGUAAAGUUCACUCAUUGGCUGGCCACAGAUUGGAACCCACUGCCAAAGAUUUUGGUCCUACUCUGGGUUUGAAAAAGUCCAGUUCACUGGAGAGUUUGCAAACAGCCGUAGCUGAAGUGAGAAAGAAUGAUCUCCCUUUCCACAGACCUCGUCCACAUAUGGUGCGUGGGAGAGGAUGUAAUGAAAGCUUUAGAGCAGCCAUUGACAAAUCUUAUGAUGGACCUGAAAACUUAGAGGAAGAUGGUCUGUCUGAUAAGAGCUCUCGCUCUGGUCAAGGAGCUCUGAAUUGUGAAUCUAACCCUCAGGGGAAUGCUGUGCUAGAGGAUAUAGAAAAUAAGGCCAAGAAGGACAAGAAAAAUAAAGACAAGGAGAAGAAAAAGGAAAAGGGCAAACUGAAAGUCAAGGAGAAAAAACGGAAAGAAGACAGUGAGGAUUCUGAGAAAAAAGUUAAGAAGAAAGGGUUUGGUGCUAUGUUGAGGUUUGGAAAGAAAAAAGAGGAUAAAGGUGGAAAAAAUGAGCAGAAGGGAAACUUGAAGCAAGGCAUACUGCAAGAAGAGCUAGAAAAAAUGAAGGAAGAAAGUGAAAGAAUUGGAGCAAAACACCAGGAGCUGCGAGAAAAACAGGCAAGAGGGCUUAUUGAUUAUUCCGCUGGCCUCCUAGGAACCCUUCAUGAUAUGGAUGAUGAUGAAAUGGAUCCUAAUUAUGCCCGAGUGAACCAUUUCCGGGAUACUUAUGUACCAGCUGGUGUCUACAGGUCAUCAUCGCCACCAAGGAUCGGGACGUUGGGCUACCUACGGGAUGGACCUCCACUGUCCCUAGAGAAGGACCCCUUGGAGGGGCUCUAUGCAAAGAUCAACAAGCCCUACCAUCCUCAGACUCUUGCUGACAGUGGCCGUCCCACAAGUGGAAGUACAGACAGGAUCCAGAAAUUACGGAAGGAAUAUCACCAGGCCAGACGAGAAGGCUUCUCCUUAUAUGAAGAUGAGGAACUUCGAGCAAGGCCUUCUGACUAUGAACAGCACUGGGUGUCUGGAAAAAGUCCAGAUGGGAGUUCACACAACCUCCGCAUUGAGGGGAUGGAAAGACAAUGUGCAUCCUUACCCAGGCGAGGACCUACAGAUCCAACAGAUUACCUAACGGGACCCCCGCGGCUCAUUUACAAGGAAAGGGAACUUCCUUAUUACCCAGGGGUGCAGCCCCUCCAUCCUCCCAAAGGAAGCUAUCCCCCGACCCAGGAGCUGCGUUAUCCUCAGUACUACCCAGCCCCGCCAGCCUCACACCACAAAGGACCCUACCGGCACGACGUCCCACCGUCCCCGCCUCAGCACCCCAGGGUGCCGGCCUAUCACGAGCUAGGCACCACAGGGCAGCGGGCGGCCAGCCACGAACAGUACCCCUAUCGGGACCCCCGGCAGAAGAACCCCAUGACCGCAGCCGUGUAGGGGUCCCACUACGGUCAGCACAGCCUCAUGCAAAAGGACUAAGGAAGGGCCUCAUUUUCCCCUCUCGGACCCUCCAAGUCUUCUUGGCUAUAAAAUUAUCCAUGAACUGGAAUCAUUCUUUCUGCCGCAGGUACAGAUUAGGUUCUUCUCGCUGAGGAAAUCACUUAAGGCCAAUCAGAGGGGAAAGGAAGGUAUAAUAUGUCGGACCGCACAUUAAAAUGCUUUUAAACCAGUUACUCGGGGCAGAAGUGGCCGCUGAAAAGUAAAGAACCUCGUUAGGCACACUAAGUGGAAUGUCCCAGGGCUAGAGAAUAUGCACCGCGGGAGCUCCUGUGCCCUAGCACCCCCACACACACAGCCACAUGACCACGGCUCCCUAGGGAUCCUCCUCCCUUUGGGGCGGAGCAGACGGCAGCCUUUUUAUAAUCAGAAAGCCAGGAUCUGGGCCGGGCUCUCUGCGAGGCUACAAAUUGCUAUUAUUUUAGCAACGGUAGGAAAAAAGUGAGAAGACCCCCACGAAGGGGGCCCUCAGUCAGAGAAAGGCGGCCUUUUUUCUCUCUCUCCAAUCGGUCAGGGUCCCAGCACCCACCACCCGGCGUACACUGCGCCUGCCAGCCGCGCCUCGCUGCUUUCCCGUAAAAAAUGGGAAAGGUAGAAAUUCAACAAAGGACUCGAGGAAUGGUGAGAAUCUGUGAGAGGCUGGUAUUUCAAGGCCCCAUCAAUCAUCGGGAAAGGAGCGGGGUCUUGUCACAUGUAGCCUUAAGCUACGUUCCACAAGGGCACGCUUAUUCCCUUUGUGCCAGCAGGAGGGCAGGCAUGGCCCUGGUCCUUCCCCCCUUCCUUUCCGCCUUUCCCUGGCCACGGUGUCCAAGAGGCCCUGCCUCUCAGAAGCACUCCCACGUGUCCGACCUGUAAUUAUUGAGCUGCUGUUUCUAUUUUAGGGCUCCCACUUCUAUAGCUGGUCCUCAGUUGGGAAGGAAGAGAGCCCUCUUGUUGAGCCUCCCAGGAUUCAGUGCCCCGGAGGUGCCAAUUAAGUAAUAAGUGCCAAACAAUCCCCAUUUGCACUGCAAGGAGCUAAAUGCCAACCCCAGCUGGGAGGAGCCUUCUUGGGUCUUUAAAACAAAAUGGCCCCGGGGCACAGUGGACAAACUGUAUGUGUUCAUUAAGGCUGGGCUCUGAUGUUGAUUUGCUUUGGUUUUGACUUUGUGGGUGUGUUAAGUAACAGAGGGGGCAGGGAAGCAGGAAAAUGCAACUUUGAAAAAUAAAUCUAAAAUAUAACGUAGGAAUUUUUGUGUUUGAGAAGGAAGAAAACCAGAGGGAAGGAUUGAAGAGGCUGCAAACCAAGGGCAACCUUUAUCUGUGGUAUUCUGAGUGAUGACUGAAGGCUGUAGGGAGGACCCUAGUUCAGGCAGGGUUGGACAGGACCAGAGAUUUAGAACUGAAUACUUGUUCCCUGUUUCUAUUCCUCAGUUUCCUUAAGAACAAACAUGUUUCUUAGUCUCCUAAUUGUCAUGAAAGAUCAAGAGAAAUCCUUUGUUAGAGCCAUUUAUAAAAUGAAGAGUCUGAAACUCAGAGAGGAAAAAGUGACAAAGGUCACACAGGUCAGAGAUAUCCAAGUCAGGAUUUGAACACAAAUCUGGUACCAAAUCCCAGACUCUUUGUAUUCUAAAACUCAGACUUGGGUUCCAGCAUCACACAACCAGCUUGUUUGGUAACAAUAAAUGGCAGAGCAGGGAUCUUAAGGCUUUAAAAAUAUUUUUUUUAAUCUUCCAAAGGCUUUAAGAUGGAUAAAUCACUUGCAAUUCCUUUGAACUCCAUGACCAUUUCCCACUUAUGUGAAUGGACUAUUCAAAGAUUGUAACCAGACCUAAAUGAGAAAGCAAACAAAGGACUGUUUGAGGAACGUUCAAAACCUAGAGGCAGGACAGUUUGUCUAGAUCUGGGCCUCUUAAAAAGAAAUGCUUUAAGGCUCUUCAGACUGCUUCCUUAUUCUCUCAAAAACAAAUCUUGGGGUCACCUUCAGCCAUUGUCCUUGUUUAGAAUGGAGAAGAUGAACAGGAUUUAUGAAAUUGCAAUGUUAUUGAACCCUUAGGAUCUAUUAUUCCAGCUUAAUAUUUCCCUAGUCCCAUGUAUCUAGGAUCUCAGUGAUAGAAGUAUUUAGUCCAUCCAUGGAGAUCAAAAUCCAUCUUCAUUGUCUGGUCCAUGCUCCCCCAGACUUACUCUGCAGGGCAUGCAUCAACCCAACAUAACAGAGGCCUUCCUUUCCAUCUUUUUUUUUAUUUGGUAGGUAUCAAGAUGGCACCUGAGCAGUCCAUAAUCCAUGACUCUACCCUAGCCCACUACCUUUUCCAAUUAAAUGUUUCCACCAUAAUAUCAUUUAUAACAAUUAAAUAAAAUUGAGUUCCAUCUCUAAGAAGUGAUAACAGACUGCUGGUUUGGGAGAAGAAGCCAUUUUGGGUGACAGAAGGAGCAUUGAAAUAGGAGUUAGAAAGACCAGGAUCAGCUACUGCCUGUGUGACCUUAAGCAUGUCACUUAACCAAGGGAUCCUAGGAUCCCCCAUGUAGAACCGGAAGGGAACUAAGUUCAGGGCCACCAUUGAGUCCAACUUGCUCAUUUUACAGGUGGAAAAACAAGCUAAGAGAGAUUUCCAUUUCCUCUUCUGUAAAAGGAGGCAUCUGACUGGACUCAAUGGUGUCUAAGGUCCCCUCCCUACUAUAGAUUUUAAUCGGAUUUACAGAGGAAGCGGGACACGUUGGGGGAUCCCUCUCAAAUAUUCUUCACUACAACUUCCUGCUGGAGACAGACCAACCAGGUCGCUGCUUUUUCAAUGUCUCCACCUCAUGGUCCCAUUCUAGAACUGUGUAGGAUCAGAACCUCAUUUGAAGCCCUCAGUGGGAACCAGCUUAAGGGAUCCAGUGUGGUUUUUGCCACAUUCUAAUACAGAAGUAUCUGAUUCCCUCAGAAGUCCCAGGUCUUCCCACCUGUGAUUAUUUGGUGCCUAUUUCUACUCGUAACCUCACUGGGGAUUCACCUGAGUCUCAAAAGGAUUGCUCCGAGGUGCUGGUUCAGCGCUUGCUUGCAGAAUGCCGGGAAGUACACUAGGUUAAAGGUUGGACAGGUAGGGAUCUCCUGAAAUAGAGCAUGAGGUCUUACCCUCGGGCUUAAUAAAUCUCACAGAUGAAAAAGACCAAGUGAGGGGAAAUGGCCCUUGCGAUGGGGUCCUUAGAAAUGAGCUCUUUGACUCCUUCCUUCAGUGCCCCCAAUCUCUGCUUAGCUCUUACGGGCUCAAAGCCAACAGUUUCAGCUUAUUGGUAAAGGAUAUGACCACAGAGGGCAGCCACGUGAGGUUAAGUAGUCUAUGAUGAGGGAGAGGCAUGACCUUAAUAGAAAGAAAGUCCUCAUUUUCACAUUCCUACUUGGAAUCCCAGCAUGGACUCCACCUAUUGCACACAGACUGGGUCUGCGUUUCUCUGGAGAAGGCUUUUUGUACUGUGUACACUGUCAAUAAAAAUGUGGUAACCUCAGGGAGGCAGCCAGUGGCGGAAGGUCCACUUAAAGUGAGUGAAAAAUAAAUUAAGAUAGUUCCCUUUGCUCCUUUGAAAUAUAACCCACGUCCCAUUCGCCCCGGCUGGCAAGGAACUAAUAUUGUAUGUUUGUGACAGUGCCUUUAUCAAGGCAGGCAACAAUUAGAAACAGCUCAGAACACAAGGGAGGGCUUAAUAAAUCACCACGCACUAUAUCCCUUCUCAGGGCACCAUAGCACCAUUUACAGACCUCAUCUACAGUAUUUAAGAAGAACACAGUCUAACUAGCAGGGGGUGGAAAACAAACUUCCACUUUAUUUAUGGCCUUUGAAAAACUCAAUCAGUAGUCUCCACAUAGCUCAGAACUCUAAUAACCCCCCUGGAAUGCCAUGGCUGGUGCCACUUAGGGAAGAGCCAUCAAACAAAACCCUUCCUUGCUGCUAAUCUGAACCCAAUAGGUCACCGAGGACUUGAAAUGAUGGUUUUGCCUUCAGUUGGUAGACAUUUUUACAGACCCCUAUUUUCCUCCUGUGUUUGAAGGAAUAGGUAAAAAGGGUAAUAUCUAGGAAUAGAUCAUCAGAGUUAGAGUGGUAGAAAAAUUCUGCCCUCCAUUAGAAGCAGAAGAAAGAAAUAUCUCAUCAAUUCAUGGGACCUUUGGGCUGGCUGCUGGGCAAUUGCUCUUGGAAUAAGGUGUAGGACGGGGGCCGGUUGUACCUUUCCACAGCAUCAAAUCUGAGAAUUGAAACUAGAUCAGAGAAGGUUAUAUAAACAAUUCAUGUAUUGGGGGCCAGCCCUGAGAUGAAAAAACAUGACUUCAGACAAGUCAUUAGAUAACAGGUUCUUUUUUUCCCCUUUAUUCAUUUUAUUGGGUAAUGAUAAGAUGCCUAGAGAAACUAAGUGAACUGCCAGAGCUAGUAAGUGUUUUCCAACCCAGGUUUUCCUAACUGCAAAUCUGGAUUUCUAUCUCCUUCCUACCCAAGAGAGUGAGGCUCACGUGGGGUGUUGGAUACAGAGGACUGGGUUUGGAAUAAGGAGGAUUUGGAUUCACAUUCUGUCUCUUUCACAUCCUGACUGGGUAACAAACCAUGGCCAAGCCACUGACCUGCUAGCUACUUCAAGCCUACAAAUUUUAGAUCUAUUGUCAGUCUGCAUCAGAUAAAUUAGGGUUUCUACACCGAUAUUUCCCCAUGGAGAGGAAAACACAAGUCUGAACCAACAUGAAAAGCCAGCAUCUUUUCCUUUUCCCAUAAGUUAUUCCAAGUUACAAGUUGAUCUGGAUUCUGGAGGAUUUUGAAGGAAAAAAAUAUCCCUGAUAGGUCUGAUAUAUCUUGAACCAUUGGGACUCCAAAUAUGGCUCCUUUCAAAUUGGUACUGGACUGGAGUGACUUGUCUCCUACUUUCUGAGACUACAAGCCUCACUGUGGCCACAUUUGGUGCCAUUACCAUGGGAAGACCCAUUAAUAGAAAUAACCAAAGAUGCUAUUUCUCAGCACUCCUCACCUGUGUCAGCCUGGGAAGGAAUAACAGCCCAAUGAUGGUGAACAAGCUGUAGUGACUUGGAGACAGACGUCCUUGCAGUGAACAAAGUGAAACUUUGGGAAGACCUAAAUCGGUCCCACAUCAUGCCUGCAGCCAGGUCUUUUAAGAAGACCAUUUUUUCUCACCCACGUCCUUAAAUCAUCAAAACAUCCCACAAGGGCUGAUUUUUUCUAAGGUAAAGUAGAGAGCCCUGAUGUUGGGGGAGUUAAUGGCCCCUGAUUACACUUCUAGCCUAUACCCCUGAUUGCAGUGAUUCGAGAAAGUAUUCUCACUCAGUCUAUACUAAAUGGAGUGCCGUUUACUAUCAGAACAUAAAAACAAAACCUGUUGUUUAUAAACUACUUUUUCUAGUACUUCCUGUGAUUUUAUACCAAAUCUGUUCAAAAGUUCUAAAGAAAAAUUUUGUGAAAUCAUAUUUUGGAAUAUGAGGGAUGGAAGUCUUUGCUAAAUUUGAAAGAUUGUUCUUUUUUGUACCACAGAAGGCAUUUGGAAUUUUUGUUUCAUAUGACUAUAUAAAUUGUACUUGUUUUAUUUUGCAUUAAAGUAAAGCUUUUCAGAGUUUAAA